AGUGCUGGUAGAUAUUCUGCUUUAGUACGCGACCAAACUAACAUCACUUUAUAACCCAUGUAUAGAUUUUUCGGUUUUCAUUUUCAUGUGCAAUUAAUAUCCACUGGCUUUUUUUCGUUCAACAAGAUUUUGCACAAUCAAACAGUUCAGUUACGAUUGGUCGGUAUUUGCCCGCGAGCGUAUGAAUCUUCGGCAAAAUCAACUUUCUUGUUACGCGAUAUUGGAAGAAAAGCCAUAACUCCUUUCUAUCUAUCUGAAUACAUUCUGUAAUAGGUAUACUUGUUAGUGCUUAUAAGCGAUUAAUUUUUACGUAUGAUUUGUCGAUCACUCGAAUAUUUUUUACAAACAGUUUUAUGCAUAAAAUAAAAUAAAAUUUUCUAUGAUCAUUGAAUUACGUUAAUUGACUUUAAUUGAAUUUCUCAUAAAUCGCGAAAAUAUAUUGUAUAUGUACGUUCGAUUUAAUAAUUAUUAAUUUGUGAUUGGUUACUGUGAUUGAUCUUGGAAGAAGAAAUAAUUUGAACAUGUCAGCUACUAUUUCGGAAAUAUCAGUCAAUAGUAUUGGAAAUGGAAUCAAUAUAAUUUCCAAUAAGGAUCGCGACGUAGAAAAGGGUGAACUUCAUUCGAACGUUGCUGGUCUCUCGCCGUCGAUCUGUUCACGGCCGACGUCUUCGUCACGGACGUCGACGUCGGCCGAGAGCAGGGUCGAGCUCGAGGACAAGCUAAGGAACAAUUGCAACAGGACUAAUGUAUCGAAUAUUGCGGUGGAAGUGGAAAUCGGAACGUCGAACAAUGAACCAAUAGGAGCGGGGACAGACGUGAUCACGACGACAACAACGCCAAAGACGAGGACGCGCACGGUAAGAGGAACAGAAAGAAGCGCAGCUAACCGGUGGAAGGCAGUCGGUUGCCUGCUUCGCCGCCUGGCACUCAUCAUGUUUGUGAUAUCUAGUUUGGUUGCCUGUUUGGCUCUUCUAUCUAUAUAUGCAGGUCCCAUUUUCCUCGUGCAGCUACUAGUCGUGAUUCUCGUUGCGUAUUUAGUAGCCGGAGGACGUUUUCGAUGGUUCUAUAUCGCUUUGAAAACAGCACCCAGAGAUUUCAUAGCUAUUACACGAUAUAUAAAAGUUCUUUGGAUUAUUCGUGGCCAUGAGAGAAAUAACAGAACAAUCGCCGAUGUAUUUCGGCAACAUGUUAGAAAGCAUCCUAAUAAAGUUUGUAUCAUUUUCGAAGAUCAAGAAUGGACGUUUCAACAAAUAGAAGAUUAUAGUAACAAAAUCGCUACUGUUUUCUCAACGUAUGGAUAUCACAAAGGGGAUGUGAUCGGUAUGCUUUUAGAAAAUCGACCAGAAUUCGUUGCCAUUUGGCUUGGACUAAGUAAGUUAGGGGUAAUAAUACCAUUGCUUAACACCAAUCUUCGUAAAGCCUCUCUCUUGCAUAGUAUUAAAGUGUCCAAGUGUCAAGCUCUUAUUUAUGGAGUGGAUUUCAUCGAUGCUGUGUCAGACAUUAUGAACUCUCUGGAUCCAAAAUUUCCACUGUAUAGAAUCGGUAAUUUACCAGAUAAAAAGAUAUCAAAUUUAAAUGAUAAUGAUUUGACUGUCCUUAUGGCUAAUGUUUCUUCGGCUCCACCACUACUUCAAGAAAAAGGCUCUUAUAAUGAUCAAUUAGUGUAUAUUUUCACUAGUGGUACAACUGGCCUUCCAAAAGCAGCUGUUAUAACAAAUUCUAGGUUUAUGUUUAUGGCAGUCGGUAUAUUUAUGUUAGCAAAGUUUAAAACUUCAGAUAGGAUUUACACACCAUUACCUUUAUAUCAUACUGCUGGUGGUGUAAUGUCCAUUGGUGCGGCCCUUCUUCAUGGAGCUACAGUUGUAAUAAAAAGAAAAUUUUCAGCAAGCGCUUAUUUCAUGGAUUGCAUCAAAUAUAAAUGUACAAUUGGUCAAUAUAUUGGAGAAAUGUGUAGAUAUAUUUUAGCUGUACCUCCAAAACCAGAAGACAAACAACACAAUAUCAGGAUAAUGUUUGGAAAUGGUUUGAGACCACAAAUAUGGCCCGAGUUCGUAGAACGAUUCAAUAUUCCACAAAUUGCUGAAUUCUAUGGAGCAACAGAGGGCAAUGCUAACAUUGUAAAUGUCGAUAAUACUGUUGGAGCUAUUGGUUUUGUAUCUCGAAUAAUUCCAUCAGUUUAUCCUAUUUCCAUUAUAAAAGUUGAUGCUGAUGGAGAACCUGUAAGGAAUGCAAAAGGUUUAUGUCAAAUAUGUGGACCGAAUGAACCAGGUGUUUUUGUUGGAAAAAUUAUACCGAACAAUCCAUUUAGAGCAUAUUUGGGAUAUGUGGAUCAGAAAGCAUCUGAAAAAAAAAUAGUUCGCGAUGUAUUUGCUAAAGGCGAUUCGGCAUUUAUAUCUGGUGAUAUUUUAAUAGCAGAUGAGUUCGGUAAUUUAUUUUUUAAAGAUAGAACUGGGGAUACAUUUAGAUGGAAAGGAGAAAAUGUAUCUACAUCUGAAAUUGAAGCUAUUAUUAGUAAUCUUGUUAAUUAUAAAGAUUGUAUUGUAUAUGGAGUUGAGAUUCCAGGUCUUGAAGGUAAAGCUGGAAUGGCAGCAAUAUAUGAUGAAAAAGCUACAUUAGAUGUCCAUCAAUUAUCAAUUGAUUUAAAAGAACAUUUAGCAAGUUAUGCAGUCCCUAGGUUUAUUAGGAUUUUAUCAAAGAUUGAUCUCACAGGCACAUUUAAAUUAAAAAAAAAAGAUCUUGUAGCUGAAGGAUAUAAUCCAAAUAUAAUAGGAGAUAAAGUUUACUAUUUAAAUGAAAAGUCUGGAUACCAAUUAUUAACUGCUGAAAUUUAUGAGCAGAUUCAACAAGGAAAUAUUCGUCUUUAAUAUGUUUUGAAGUAAAAAAAAUUCAUGGGAACAAUUUUUGCUGUAAUUCUUUACAUGCACAUCAAUAAAGUGAAGAAGCUUUUUAUCUUCAUUAUAUUAAAUCAAAAAUUGCUUUAUAUUGAGGUAUAGUUUAAUAAUAAUCAAAUUAUAAUUUGAUUUCGUUAUUUUUUAAAUAUAAUUUUUAUAAAAGAUUAUAUUUUGUAUAAUUCAAUAUGAUUAUUUACGAUUUUAUAAAAAAAUCACAUAAAAAUUGAAAUGAACUUUAUUUAUUUAUCUAAGUUGGUUGUGCUUAUUUAUAUUAUAUAUACAUAAUAUAUAAUAAUUUUUCAUUUUAAAGUUCAAAAAUUUUUUUUUAAAUACAUCUUAUUCAAUUUAUGCAAAAUGAAAUUAUAAAACUAUUGUAAAGCAAAAAGAAUUUCUUAUUUGAAAAUUAUAGGAAAUUUACAUAUAUAAGUUAAAAAAUUAUAAAUUCAUAUGAAAUACUAAAUUAAUAUUAUAAUAAAAAACAUAAAUGAAAACGAAUUUUGUAACAAACUGAAUAUAAUUUUCAGUUUGAAAUUUAGGCAUUAUUAAAAAAAUUGUUACAAAUGUUAUAUAUCGCAUGAAUUCAUAAUAAUUGUAAACAUAUCACAAAUUAUAUAUUAUAAAUUUAUAAACAAAUUUUUUCUGAUUUUAUUUUAAAUUUUGUAAAUUUUUUUUUAUUUAGAUCUUUUCCAAUAAUUUAAAAAUGUUUGUCUUUAAUGAAAAAUACUAUUUAUAACUUCUAAAUUCUUAUUUUCCUAUUUUUAAAUUUCAUAUCUUUUAUUUUUCAUGUAAUAAUUAUAAUAAUCACUUCUAAUAAUUCUAAUAAAUUUUUUAACGUAAUUAAAAAAAUGCAAUUAAAAGUACAAAUUUAGUAUUUCAUAGAUAAAAAAUAAUGAAUUAAAAUUAAUAUACAUUUUUGCAAAAAUUUAUUUGUUGCUAUAUAAAAAUACUUGUUUUUUUUGAUUAAUUUCACUAUGAAUAUUAAAUAUAAUAUAUAAUUGAUAAUAUAAUAUCAAAUAUAAUUGAUAUUAUAUUCGUUUACAAUUACUAUGCAUUUAUAAUUUACAAAAAUAACAUUUGUAAAGAUAUGUUGUAUUGUUGGAUCUAGUUUAUUGUACAUUGUUAUUGUUAUAUCAUGUAGGUAUAUGUAAGUAUAUUAUUGUUAAUAAUGUUAUUACAUUAAAAGGUACGUAUUUAUUAUUAAAAAAAUUUUCAUAAUUCAUAAAAAUCAAUAAAAAAUAUAUUUAUAUGAUUGAUAUAAAUAUUUUAAUACAACAAACAUUUUCUAUAAGGAUAUUAACAGUGACCGUCCGAUUAUAUUUUCUGACUAAAAUCAAAAAAAUAAAUAUUUUUAUUUACAAAUUUAUUUAAAUCUUUUAUGUUCAUUCUAAUUUAUGUAAUUAAAUGGAAUUAUAAGUUAUGAUUUUAUUAUAUAUAAAAAUAUUUAUACUUAUACUAUUAUAAAUGUAAUUCCAUAAACGAUUAAUCGUAAAUAUUUAUAUUAUUCUCUUUUAUUGCAUUAACUAUUUUUAAUCAUAUUGCAAUAUUUGGAUUUGUUGUAUAUAAGUUCAAUAAAUUAUCAUUUUUUUAUUAUAUCAUUAAUAUUAAGAAUGAAAAUAAAAUAUUAAAUGUAAUUUAAUUAUUAAGAAAAAUCCAAUAUUGUGUUGUAUAAUUUUAAAAUAUAAUGAAAAUAAUCUUUUUAUCUUUGUAA